GUCUAGCUAAACAAUAGGCGGUGUAAAAUAUCAGGGGUUUGUUACGGAUCGUGCUGGCUUCAUUGACGGGGGCCGGUAGUUUCUUCUGUUGUUUCCAGAUAUACCUUCGAUUCCUUAUUUCUCGCAGAAGCUUGUAUUCGAAACAUAUUUUCUGACACUACGGUUUAAAUGAGGUCUAGCGUUUGGGUUGAAGUUUAGAAAGUGACACGUCUGUGAUAGUAAACAUUAACGAUGAAUUCCGAAGGUUGCAGCUACAAUCUGCAGUAUAGCGACAUUCAUUUCCCUGAAACUCUAUUAGAUAGCUACGAAACAGGAAGUUACUGCUCCACAACUCCGGAGACGGACUUCCGCAACUCUUGCUCACUGCAGCGGCCACUCGGCACCGGACAGUUCAGGGUGACUAAGCGUCGGGGGAGGCCGGUCGCAAACAACGCCGCACGGGAACGGUCACGUGUGAAGACGCUGAGGACGGCAUUCUUGGAUCUGCAGCGGACACUUCCGGCCGUGCCUCCCGACACGAAACUCUCCAAGCUUGAUGUCCUUGUGUUGGCAACCACGUACAUCGCCCACCUUAUGAGUGCCCUACAGAGUGACGGUGACGUCUCCCAGAUUUUUGCGUCGAACGGCUGCAUGCAUCCAGUCAAGAAAUGGCCGAUGCGGACGCGGCUUUACGCUGGGAUUCUCUCGAGCACCCUCCCUCCUGGACCGGAAAUGACGUUCUCACAACCAGAAAUGGCGUCAUGUCAGUGGUCAUCCGACCAUGGUGCACUGUUGCCGACAGCUUUUAAUUAAAUGGACCGACUGUUGUAACACAAGUUACAACUAAUUAAUGCACUUCCAUAAUGGAAAUUUGGUUUUAAGGGCCAAAAACAUAAAAUCUUCAAAAAAAAAGUCAAAUUGUAUGUUUUUUAUGUUCUUAUCGAGAAUAAUACAUGCGUCAUUUCAUACAUGUAAAGGUGCUUUGAGAGCUAGGCAAAUUUACGAAAGAGGAUUUUAUAAAAAAGAAGCAUUAUAACGCAAAAGUGUGACAAUAUUAUGAAUGACACAGGUGCCAUGAUGUGUGUCACCACAUGUACUCAAUCAGCACAGUCCUGCGACUCUAUUGUGAAUACUUCUGUCACAUCUCUGAAAAACUACCCCUUCGUAAAAUUUGGCGCAGCUCGCUCCUUAUUACAUCAAAACAUGUAUCUGAGGUUGCUUCAUUUACUUUUGCAAAAUAUUGUACCUCAUAACUAACAAAACAUGAUAUUUUGAAACGUUUUAAUUUUUGGUUUUCCGGACCCACUUUGGUAUUGUCAAGGACAUUGCUAAUAUGUGGAAUGCAUUAAAUACAAGAUGGAUGUUAACAUAAAAUUUGAUAAAUGCACAUUGUUAUUAAGUCUAUAUUCUUUUAUGUUUUGUUUUUAUUAAAUUAGUUUUAAGAAGAUGGAACACCAUAGCAUAGCAAAUUUUAUUCCACUUAAACUUUACAUUUUUUCCUUAUAGAAUAAGUACUGUCCAGUAAAACUUUUAAAGAACGUUAUGUGUAAACAUUGCUUUUGGGUUAAAUAGGUUAUUUCAUCAAAUAUUUUAACAUCAUUUUUAUUACUAUUGCAGUACAGUAAAUAAAUAUACUUUAUUAAUAAAUUUCACUCUUAAAUGACAUUCAAAUUAAGCGUUUUUUCUUCAAAAAACAAAUGUCUAAUUGUUUUAACUGUAUGUUUUUACCUGAAGGUUUAAUGAUUAUUAUCAUUUAAUGCAUUGCAUCGAAACGACCUGUCGAAACGUCUGCAUAAAUGUAUUUUAUCAACAUUUCAAACGAGGCUGUUGACUUUGAUUUCAUACAAAUCCAAACAUCCGUUCUAUAUAUGGAAUGCUAAUGAGAUGCUUUAUUUUUGCACAAAAUUCAUUUCUAAAGUGAAAAAAGUGAUAUUGCAAAAACAAUAAAUUUUGAACUGCAAGACAGUUAUUGAUUAUUAACAACGAACGAGGAAGAACACCAUUAUACCAACUGCUUUAAUUAAUCGAACCAAUACGCAGUAAUUGUAGUUAAUUGAAGAUUGAUUGAACGUUACUAGGAUACGUAUUGAUAGUAACAGGUUUACUAAUUGAUAUUUCAUGGUCGAAAAAUGACAAUUUAAUGUUUUAGAAAUGAUUUUUUGACAAACAAAUGUCAUCUGCCACGUUCUUGCCGAGAUAAAUUGACUAUCACUCAUUUAACAAGCACGCUAAAGUAAGCUUACUUGUUUUAGUAAUUCCUACACUCGCCCCUUAUUUAUUUUGACACUUGAAAUAAACUCAAAUGUCUUCUUAAACGAGAGAAUCUGACGUAAAUUAUAUUGUUGCUCGUUACAAAACAAUUACCAUGAUGAAUGGUAUUCCAUUGGCAUUUAUGAACUAGCCACAGACGUUCAAAUCAGUAAUGCAUUAUUCCUGCGAUUUUUGUUGCGAUGUGUUUGAUUAUUAAAAUUUGAUUUAUUUUCUUGCAUUGUAUGCAUUCUUUCCCAGCCUUUUGACUUUGUCAGUAAGAUUGAAAAGAUUAUCACCUAUCAUGUUACAGUGCCUUUUUAAAACAGAUUACUUUGAUUGCACAAUAGUAGCAAUAAAUUAUAGUACAAAGUUUAAGAGUAUGUUAAAUCAUUUGUAAUACUUAAUCAACAUUGUAGUUUUUAUUGUUUUCUUGAAAUACUUUCUAUGUUUGUCAUAGUGUUGUACAAUGAUUGAUUAAAUUUUGUGACAAAUAUACA